CCCAACAACUCUCUACCCCCAGGAAGCCCCCUCCUCCUCCUCUUCCUGCUGCUGCUGGACCCUCCAUUUCGCCCCCCGGGGUCUAGCCCGCAGAGACCCCCGCAGAGAGGAUGGGGGCCAAGCCGAUGACCGCUGCAGAGCAACCGUGGCUGCCGCUGCUCCUCCUCACUGCCACCGUCACGCAGACCCUCCAGGCCGCCAACCCCUUCCUCCCCCGCGUGACCACGCUGGACAUGGCUCCGGCCUCCUUUGACGACCAGUACAUCGGCUGCGCUCGGGACAUGGAGCACGAGCUGGCCGCCCUGAACCAGACUGAGUUCGCCGCCAGCCGCACCUACGCCGAGGCCUGGGAGGCGGCCUCGGCCCGCUGGCGGGAGCACCUGAGCGGAGGAGGAGGGAGGCCUCCCUGGCCCCCGGGCUUCCGGGAUGAGCACGCGGUGGCCGUCCUGGCCUACACCGCCAACGGGCCCCUGCACCGGGAGUUCAACGCCGCCGUGCGAGAGGCCGGCCGCUCCCGGGCCUACUACCUGCGCUAUUUCCCCUUCAAGACCCUCCACUUUCUGCUGACCCAGGCUCUGGCUCUGCUGGGGGCGCGGCAGAACCCCCAGUGCCGCCGGGUGUACCGGGGCGUGGCCGGGGUGCGAUUCCGGACCGGGGCCGAGCCCGGGGGGGCAGUUCGUUUCGGCCACUUCGCCUCCUCCUCCCUGCACGAAGAGGCCGCCCUCCAGUUCGGCCAGGACUCCUUCUUCUCCAUCCGGACCUGCCACGGAGCCGACAUCCGCGCCUUCUCCUUCUUCCCCGGAGAGGAGGAGGUGCUCAUCCCCCCCUACGAGAGGUUCCGGGUCGUCAACGCCAGCACCGGGCCCCACGGCCUCAACCACAUCCACCUGCAGUCUCUGGACAAGACCAGCACCUACAACUGCGAGUACAUCAAAGAUAAGAGGUGCACGUCCUGGAGGUGCAGAUUGAACGAUUCGGCAGCAGCCACGGGGAGCAAGGCCUUUCAGUGGUCACACCUACCCCUGUUCUGGAGCGUCUGGUUGGUACUGAGCCCCUUGGAACCUUUCUGAUGCCCAGUCCAGAAGCAGACGGUGCCCAACCCGGGAGGAGUCCGGAGCCAGCAUGCUCCGGCCUGAUGCAGAACGGGCAGGAUCAACGCUGGGCAGAGGCCAGGAAGCAGGCCGCCCCGUUGCAGGUUGAGCCGUCUGAGGGAGUGGGACACAGGGGUUCUGGGGCUGGGAGAGGGCAGACGGGGAGGCCAAGUGGGGGCGGGAUGGACGUGGUUUUCCAAGAUUGCCAUUUUUCCGACACUGUAGAAUCUCUUGCUCUCCUGCCUCCGAGCCUAGGGCGUUGCGCUUGGGACAACCACCCUGAUCGUGUUGAGGCUAGCACUGAGCCACCUCUUCCGGGAAGCUUCCCUUCACUGAAUUCACCCACUCGCCAACGCAACAAGCUAGAGGACCCAUGCCACUCCCCUAGUUCAUCCCUGCCAUGGCUGUAUCUGUCCAAGUGGACAGGGGUUGACUGUGAGUCCUGUCUCCCUGAUGAUGGGGACCAUGUCCACCCCACCUCCCCUGUUAGACCUGGGGGUCCUUGCCGGCAGGUUUCGUAUCUCUCUCUUCCCAGGAGGAGUUGUGUCCUCUGAGCAUGCUCGGUAAAGGCACGGUGGAAAUGGUGAUGAUAAUGAUGCCCUUUUUUCUGAGGGAAUUGUUCUCUGCUCCUAUAAGUCGACUCCUCCCUAGAGUGCGUGCCCCAUGGUGGCCAGGCAUUCGCGAUGCCUCAGGGACCAUUUCCAUCCACCGGGGACCCCACUCCAGGGACCAGAUCCAAAAGAGCUGAGGGUAGACUAGUCACUUCCCUGCACAAAACCUAAAGAUGGAGUGCAGUUGGAGAUGUAGG